AUGCCGAGCGCGGAGGAGCGGGCAGCGCAGGCUGAGGACAACGCGGACGGGGAGCCCGGCGCUGACCCACGGCUGCGACUCCUCGGGGCCUAUGUGGCCCGGAGCCUGCGGCCGCCCGCGGGCGCCUGGGAGCGCUGCGCGGGCUCGGCCGAUGCGGGGCAGCUGCUGCACGCCUUCCUGGGACAGGGGGCCGCGGAGGGUCCGCGACCGCUGCUGGUGGUGCAGCCCGGGCCUGGGGGCCUGGCGGUGCGCACGGAGCUGGACGCGGGACCCGAGGCCGGCCCGCCUCGCGCUAAGGGGCUUUUUUUCCUGCGCACCAGGCCCGAGCCGCCGGGCCCCGGCAGCCUCCGCGGGGCAGUGCUGUGCGGGGAUCUGCCCGCCGCGCCGCUGGAGCAUCUGGCCGCGCUCUUCUCCGAGGUUGUCAUCCCUGUCCUGGCCAAUAAGAAGAACCACCUAGACUGGCCCCACGUGGUUUGUCAAGAUGUCCAGCGGCAUGCCUACAGCCUCCAGGGUGACCUUCUGGUUCUCCUUGAGCAAGCGAAGGGAAAAACGCUGCUGCCCCUUCCAGUCGGCUCAGAAAACACGGGCUCUGACGGUUCUGAAAUCGAGGCCACCUUGGAUUCUACGGACAAGUCCGUCAUCUAUGCCAUUGAGUCUGCAGUGAUCCAGUGGAGCCACCAAAUCCAGCUGGUGCUCAAGAGAGAGUCUUCCCAGCCGCUCCUCCAGGGGGAGAACCCUACCCCGAAGGUGGAGCUGGAGUUCUGGAGGAGCAGGUAUGAAGACCUGGAAUCCAUUUAUAAUCAGCUGAGAACAAUAAAGAGGAGGGGCAUGGCGGGACUUCUGGACAAGUUUCAGAGCAGUUACUUUCCAGCUUUCCAAGCCAUGUUCCGAGACAUUGGAACAGCUCUGACGGAGGCACGGGACAUCUACACCCACCUGGCGCCACUGAGCCGUCACCUGGAGAGCCUCGAGAGCCUGGAGUUUCCCGACGUGAAGCCCCGGCUGCGGCCCCUGCUGCACGUGGUCUGCCUGAUCUGGGCCACGUGUGAGUCUUACCGCUGCCCAGGGCGGCUCACGGUGCUGCUGCAGGAGAUCUGCAACCUUCUGGUCCAGCAGGCCUCUAUUUAUCUCUGCCCAGAAGACCUCCUGAGAGGUGAGGUCGAAGACGGUGAGAGGAAACUGAAUGUGGUCAUGGACACCCUGAGCUUCUUCAAGCAGCUGUUUCAGGACAGAAGGGAGAAUCUCCAUUCUUACUUCAAAGAGAACCAGGAAGUCCGCGAGUGGGAUUUCCAGUCCUCUUUGGUCUUUGUGAGAUUGGAUGGCUUCCUGGGGCGACUGGGCAUGGUGCAGGAUCUUCUGAAGACAACUUUGGAUUUCCACAAACUGGGAAAGCUUGAGUUCAGUGGUAUCAGAGGGAGUGCCCUGAGCCAGCAGGCCCAGCAGAUGUACACCGAGUUUCAAGAAAUGUACAGGGUCUUCUCAGAGUCUUCCUACGACUGCUUGGAUCUCCAAAGCGUGGAAUUUGAAAAUGACAUCUCUGACUUUAAUCAGAGAGUAGAAGACCUUGACAGGAGGCUGGGGACUGUCUUUAUUCAGGCCUUCGAUGACGCCCCUGGCUUGGAGCAUGCCUUCAAGCUGCUGGACAUAGCAGGAAACCUCUUAGAGAGACCAGUGGUAGCACGGGAUGCCUCUGAAAGAUACCUGGGGCUCAUCCGCAUGUUCAGUGAGGAUCUGGAUGCUGUGAGGAUGAUCCACAGUCAGCAUGUCCAGGAGGAGGCAGAGCAUGGAUUCUCCGCCGUGCACAAGAACAUGCCCGCUGUGGCUGGGGGCCUCCGCUGGGCACGGGAGCUGAGGCAGCGCAUCCAGGGUCCCUUCGACAACUUUAGACGCAUGACACACCCUUGCAUGGAAUCUGCCGAAGCAAAGCGCAUGAUACAAAAAUACGAAGACACGCUCUCGUUGCUGGAAAAGUAUGAAACAAGACUUUAUGGGGACUGGUGUCAAACAGUAGCAGAGAAGUCGCAGUACAACCUUUCACGGCCACUUCUGAGACGCGACCCGGAGACAAAGCAGAUCACUGUCAACUUUAGUCCACAGCUGGUUUCCGUGCUGAGAGAAAUGAGUUAUCUUCAACCCCAGCAAAUGACUCACAUCCCCGAGACGGCAGCAGCCAUGUUCUCCUCCAGGGAGUUCUACCGGCAGCUCGUGGCUCAUUUAGAGUUGACGGCAACGUGGUACAACAAGGUUAUGAAAACUCUGCUCGAGGUGGAAUUUCCAUUAGUUCAGGAAGAGCUGCAAGAUAUCGAUCUCCGCCUGAGAGCUGCAGAGGAGACUCUGAGCUGGAAGACAGAAGGUAUUUGGGAUUAUGUCAUUCAGAUCACCAAUAGUAUUCAUGAUCUCGAACAAAGAGUUCAGAAAACUAAGGACAAUGUGGAAGAGAUUCAGAGCAUCAUGAAAACAUGGGUGUCGCCAAUAUUUAAGAGAAAAGAUGGAAGAAAGGAAUGCCUUCUCUCUAUGGAUGAUCAGCAUGAUCGAGUGGAAAAAUAUUACCGUCUCAUCAAAGAAUCUGGCCUGAAGAUCCAUGCCCUUGUGCAGGAAAACCUGCGUCUUUUUUCAGCAGAUUCAACUUCUGAUAUCUGGAAGACUUAUGUUAACUACAUUGAUGAUAUGUUGCUGGAUGGAUUCUUUCUUGCCAUUGAGUGUUCCCUCAAGUACCUCCUGGAAAAUACUGAAUGUAAGGCAGGACUCACCCCGAUAUUUGAAGCCCAGCUGAGCUUAGCCAUCCCAGAACUGGUUUUCUGUCCGUCGCUGGAGCCUGGUGUGAAGGGCGGCUUCUAUGACCUGGUGGAGGGCCUCGUCACCAGCAUCUUUAGCAUCGCAUCCUUGGUGCCCCGGCUUUCUCCUGAGAAUGGCUCUCCCCACUAUCAGGUGGACUUGGAGGCCAUGGCUGAGCUGGCGGGCCUGCGGGGCGAGCUGAUGGGGCGGGUGCAGGCCAUGAUGGCCCUCUGCGGCGACUAUCGGCGCACUCUCAGCCAGUAUUCCUGCCUCUACACGGAGGACCGCAAGGAGGCUCUGGGCCAGUUUCUGUUGUACGGGCGCAUGCUCACUGCCGAGGAGGUGGAAGCCCACGCCGAGGACGGCAUCCCAGAGAAUCCUCCCCUCCUGCAUCAGUUCAGAGCGCAGAUUGACUCCUACGAGAAGCUCCAUGAGGACGUGUGCAGGCUGGAGCCCGUCCAGGUGUUUGACAGCUGGAUGAAGAUCGACGCGCGGCCCUUUAAAGCCUCUCUGCUGAAUAUAAUCAAAAAGUGGAGCCUCAUGUUCAAACAGCAUCUCGUGGACCAUGUCACUGACAGCUUGGCCGACCUUGAAGCAUUUAUUAAAAACAGUGAGAAUGGCUUGCUCAAGAAAGUCGAAAAAGGAGAUUUCCAAGGACUGGUUGAGAUUAUGGGGCACCUGAUGGCUCUUAAAGAACGACAGAGCAGCACCGAUGAGAUGUUUGAGCCUUUAAAGCAAACGAUUGAAUUGCUGAAGACCUAUGGACAAGAAUUGCCGGAAACAGUGUUUGAGCAGCUGGAGGAGCUGCCUGAGAAGUGGAACAACAUUAAAAAGACGGCGGUUAUCGUGAGGCAGCAGGUGGCCCCCCUGCAGGCAAAUGAAGUGAGCCUCCUGCGCCAGCGGUGCACGGCCUUCCAGGCGGAGCAGCAGUCCUUCCGGGAGCGAUUCCGCAGGGAAGCGCCCUUCAGGUUUGAUAGCACUGACCCUCAUCAGACGCUGGAUGCCUGGCACCUGGAGAUCCAGCAGAUGGAGUCCACCAUGGCCUCCAUUUCCGCGUCCGCCAGCCUGUUUGAAGUCACCGUCCCUGACUAUAAGCAGCUGCGGCAGUGCAGGAAGGAGGCGUGCCGGCUGAAGGAGCUCUGGGACACGAUCGGGAUGGUGACCUCCAGCAUCCAUGCCUGGGAGACCACCAGGUGGAAGGAUAUCGACGUGGAGGCCAUGGACUUGGAGUGCAAAAAGUUCACCAGGAACAUCUGGAACCUCGACAAGGAGGUCAGGGCCUGGGAGGCCUUCACAGGCCUGGAGAGCACCGUGCUGGACACCCUGACCUCCCUGAGGGCUGUGGCCGAGCUGCAGAACCCGGCCAUCCGGGAGCGGCACUGGAGGCAGCUGAUGCAGGCCACGGGCGUGACCUUCACCAUGGAUGAGAGCACCACCCUGGCCCACCUCCUGCAGCUGCAGCUGCACCACUUUGAGGACGAGGUCCGGGGCAUCGUGGACAGAGCCGUGAAAGAGCUGGGCAUGGAGAAGGUGCUGAAGGAGCUGCAGACCACCUGGGCUGGCAUGGAGUUCCAGUACGAACCCCACCCACGGACCUGUGUGCCCCUGCUGCAGUCCGAUGAGGACCUCAUCGAGGUUCUGGAGGAUAACCAGGUCCAGCUUCAGAACCUGAUGGUGUCCAAGCACAUUGCCUUCUUCCUGGAGGACGUGUCAGGCUGGCAGAAGAAGCUGUCCACCGCCGACGCCGUCAUCUCCAUCUGGUAUGAAGUGCAGCGCACCUGGUCUCACCUAGAAAGCAUAUUCAUCGGAUCUGAAGAUAUCCGGGCUCAGCUGCCCCAGGAUUCUAAAAGAUUUGAAGGCAUCGACAUAGACUUUAAAGAGUUAGCUUAUGAUGCUCGGAAAACUCCAAACGUAGUGGAAGCCACCAACAAGCCAGGUCUUUACGAAAAGCUGGAAGAUAUUCAGAGCAGGCUGUACCUCUGUGAGAAGGCCCUGGCGGAGUACCUGGACACCAAAAGGCUUGCCUUCCCCAGGUUUUACUUCCUCUCCUCUUCUGAUCUUCUAGACAUUCUUUCCAACGGCACAGCCCCUCAACAGGUUCAACGCCACCUUUCCAAACUCUUUGACAAUAUGGCAAAGAUGCAGUUCCAGCUAGAUGCCAAUGAGAAGCCAACCAAGACCAGCCUUGGCAUGUACAGCAAGGAAGGAGAAUACGUGGCCUUCAGCGAGCCCUGUGACUGCAGUGGGCAGGUAGAAAUAUGGCUGAACCACGUGCUGGCUCACAUGAAGGCCACGGUGAGGCACGAGAUGACAGAAGGUAUAACCGCCUACGAAGAAAAGCCCAGGGAACAGUGGCUCUUUGACUACCCAGCUCAGGUAGCCCUGACCUGUACCCAGAUCUGGUGGACCACAGAGGUGGGAAUGGCAUUUGCAAGGCUGGAGGAAGGCUAUGAGAAUGCCAUGAAGGACUAUUACAAGAAGCAAGUGGCCCAGCUCAAAACACUCAUCACCAUGCUCAUUGGCCAGCUCUCCAAGGGGGACCGGCAGAAGAUCAUGACCAUAUGCACCAUCGAUGUCCAUGCCCGGGACGUGGUGGCCAAGAUGAUUGCUCAGAAGGUCGAUAGCGCCCAGGCCUUCCUCUGGCUGUCCCAGCUAAGGCAUCGAUGGGACGACGAGGCCAAACACUGCUUCGCCGACAUCUGUGAUGCCCAGUUUCUCUACUCCUAUGAGUACCUGGGAAAUACCCCUCGCCUGGUGAUCACGCCUUUGACAGACAGGUGUUACGUCACCCUCACCCAGUCUCUGCACCUGACCAUGAGUGGGGCUCCGGCAGGGCCUGCGGGCACAGGCAAGACAGAAACCACCAAGGACCUGGGCCGAGCGCUGGGCGUCAUGGUCUACGUGUUCAACUGCUCCGAGCAGAUGGAUUACAAGUCUUGCGGCAACAUUUACAAGGGCCUUGCUCAGACUGGUGCCUGGGGCUGUUUUGAUGAGUUCAAUCGGAUCUCUGUGGAGGUCUUGUCCGUGGUGGCGGUGCAGGUAAAAAGCAUUCAAGAUGCAAUUCGAGACAAGAAGCAGCGCUUCAGUUUCCUUGGAGAGGAGAUUAGCUUGAACCCAUCCGUGGGCAUCUUCGUCACCAUGAACCCCGGCUACGCUGGUCGUACAGAGUUGCCCGAGAACCUCAAGGCUCUGUUCAGGCCUUGCGCAAUGGUCGUCCCAGACUUUGAGUUGAUCUGUGAAAUCAUGCUGGUGGCCGAAGGAUUCAUCGAGGCACGAUUACUAGCCAGGAAGUUCAUCACCCUUUACCAGCUGUGCAAAGAGCUUCUCUCUAAACAGGAUCACUAUGACUGGGGCCUGAGGGCCAUCAAGUCUGUGCUGGUAGUGGCCGGGUCCCUGAAGCGAGGAGACCCUGACCGGCCUGAGGACCAAGUCCUGAUGCGCUCGCUGCGAGACUUCAACGUCCCCAAGAUCGUAACUGACGACAUGCCAGUGUUCCUGGGCCUGAUCGGGGACCUGUUUCCUGCCCUGGAUGUCCCUCGGAGGAGAGAUCUCGACUUCGAAGCCCUGGUUAGGAAGGCGGUGAUGGAGCUGAAACUCCAGGCUGAGGACAACUUUGUGCUCAAGGUGGUCCAGCUGGAGGAGCUCCUGGCGGUGCGGCACUCCGUGUUCGUGGUGGGCAGUGCGGGAACUGGCAAGUCGCAGGUGCUGAGGUCCUUGCACAAGACCUACCAGAUCAUGAAACGCCGCCCUGUCUGGACUGACCUCAACCCCAAAGCGGUCACCAAUGAUGAGCUCUUUGGCAUCAUCAAUCCAGCCACACGAGAAUGGAAGGAUGGACUGUUCUCUUCUAUCAUGCGGGAGCUUGCCAACAUCACCCAUGAUGGGCCCAAAUGGAUUUUACUGGAUGGUGACAUUGAUCCGAUGUGGAUCGAGUCUCUGAACACUGUCAUGGAUGAUAACAAGGUGCUGACCCUGGCGAGCAACGAGAGGAUCCCUCUGAAUCCCACCAUGAGGCUUCUCUUUGAGAUCAGCCACCUGCGCACGGCCACACCAGCCACUGUCUCCAGAGCAGGGAUCCUGUACAUUAACCCGGCAGACCUGGGCUGGAACCCUCCUGUGAGCAGCUGGAUCGACAGGAGAGAGAUCCAGACAGAGAGAGCCAACCUAACCAUCCUGUUUGACAAGUACCUUCCGACCUGCUUAGAUGCUCUCAGAACCAGAUUUAAGAAGAUAAUUCCAAUCCCAGAGCAGAGCACAGUCCAGAUGCUGUGCCACCUUCUUGAGUGUCUGCUGACCGAGGAGGACAUCCCUGCAGACUGCCCCAAGGACACAUACGAGCUUUACUUUGUGUUUGCUGCCAUCUGGGCUUUUGGCGGAGCACUGGUCCAAGACCAGCUCGUGGACCACCGGGCAGAGUUCAGCAAAUGGUGGCUCAGUGAGUUCAAGACCAUCAAGUUUCCCUCCCAAGGAACCAUCUUUGACUAUUACAUAGACCCAGAGACCAAGAAGUUCGAGCCUUGGUCCAGGCUCAUCCCGCAGUUUGAAUUUGACCCUGAGACACCUCUGCAGGCCUGCCUGGUACACACCGGCGAGACCAUACGCCUCUGCUACUUCCUGGAUCGGCUCCUGGCACAGCGGCGGCCGGUCAUGCUGGUGGGAACAGCGGGCACAGGCAAGUCGGUGCUGGUGGGGGCGACUCUGGCCAGCCUGGACCCCGAGGCGUACCUGGUGAAAAACGUGCCCUGCAACUAUUACACCACAUCAGCCAUGCUGCAGGCUGUCCUGGAGAAGCCUCUGGAAAAGAAAGCCGGCAGGAACUACGGUCCCCCAGGCAACAAGAAGCUCAUCUAUUUCAUUGACGACAUGAACAUGCCAGAGGUGGAUGCCUAUGGGACUGUGCAGCCUCACACGGUCAUCAGGCAGCACCUGGACUACGGCCACUGGUAUGAUCGAAACAAACUGUCCCUGAAAGAGGUGAUGAAUGUCCAGUAUGUUUCCUGUAUGAACCCCACCGCGGGCAGCUUCACCAUCAACCCCCGGCUUCAGCGUCACUUCAGCGUGUUCACCCUCUCCUUCCCGGGAGCAGACGCCCUGUCCUCCAUCUAUAGCGCCGUCCUGACUCAGCACCUCAGGCUGGGGAACUUUCCGGCAGCGCUGCACCAGAGCGUCCCCCAGCUGCUCCAGCUGGCCCUCACCUUCCACCAGAAAAUCGCCACCACGUUCCUUCCCACAGCGAUCAAAUUCCACUACAUCUUCAACCUCAGGGACUUCGCCAACAUUUUCCAGGUGAGUCCGACCUCUCCGAGACCCCUUCGGAGGCUUGACAAUGACCCUGUUCCCUCCAUCCUUGGCCAAACUCUUCGACGAAGGCAGGGUCCUUAUGGGGUAAUAUUAUCCAGAGGUCUCCAGUGUGUGGAAGGGUCCUCGGAACAUCAACUCUUCGUGAUCAUGGUAUCUCCCCUGCCAGGCGCACGUCCGCGGGCGCAAGGCUGCUGCGCCCAGCGAAAGCGCAGUGUCCCCGAGCGCGGCGGCUCGGCACCUCCCCCACGACCCCUGCGCCUCCUCCGCGCACUCCCGCGAACCUCUCGGCGCCCUCUCGGCGGUGGCCCCUCNCCACCGGUCACUUACGCCUGCGCUGGGCCCUCCGCCCGGCUGCCCCGAGACAAAGGCUGCGCGGCCGCUGCGCCGCCGGCUGCUCCCCGAGCCUCGGCUGCCGGGGACCCGGAGGAGGAUGGGGCGGAGGAGACGGGGAGGAGGGGAAGGGAUCGCAGGGGAGGGGCCGCCGCACCACCGGCCUCCGGGCUGGGGCUGCGAGACCCAAGCCCUUCUUCCCGGCCCGCCGCGCUCCCGGGUCCUCGGCCUAAACCUCCCCCAGGGACCAGGGUACCGCCCCUCGGGGGGCGGAGUGAGAGGAAGAGGAUGGAGGGAGAUGAGUGCGUGUGA